AUCCAGUCUCUGGCCCCAGCCGCCAUGCUGAGCUGAGAGAGAGCGACCAACCAAACUUUGUCACGCUGCUGCUGCUGCUGCUGCUGCUGUACCGACGCACAUCUCCGUACACACCGGGACAAAGAGGAAACCUUCUCCACGACUGGUGUUGUGACAUUUGCCCUGGGCCUUUCCCUCAACCGUUUCCAACUGUGUGAAGAAAAGUGAAAAGGAGUUUUAAUGAAUCAGUAUUCGCUAGCCGACGCGAUGACAGACAACUUGAGGAUUUUAUAAUUCUCUCCAGAGGAAGAGCGUCGCAUCUUGUAAGGAGCCACAGAGGAAACUUCACAGUUCCGAAGUUACCAGAGUCUAAUAUGGGAUUUGGCGUGCUGGGAGUGUUCCUGGGGCUGCUCCUAGAGGUCUCCACCCAUGGACCCCACGCUGUGCCCCGAACCUCUUGGAGACACCAAGAUUUAGAUCUGAUGGAGUUUUCGGAGCCUGACAUCUUCAACUACUCCACCUUGUUGCUGAGUGAGAAAAGAGAUGCACUCUACGUGGGAGCCAGGGAGGCCAUCUUUGAGCUCAGCAAGAAGAAUGUGACUGUCAAAAACAACAAGGUUCAGUGGACGGUUGCAGAAAACCCCAUGAUGAUGUGCACACAAAAAGGAAAAUCAAAAGAGAGGGAUUGUCUAAACUACAUUCGAGUGCUCCAAGUCGUAGACGACGAGCGGCUGUAUGUCUGCGGCACGCAUGCCUUUCAACCUCAGUGUGACUACUUGAACCUCGCUGACUUUUCUCUGAGCGGUCGACCUGAAGACGGCCGGGGGAAGUGCUCCUUUGACCCCUCACAAAGCUUUACUACUGUCAUGGUUGAUGGAGCGCUGUACUCAGGGACAGCUUAUAACUUCUUAGGCAGUGAACCAAUUAUUUCCAGAUACUCUCCCUCCCAGUCCCUGCUGCGGACAGAGUACUCCACAUCAUGGCUCAAUGAGCCCAGUUUUGUUUUUGCCGACGUGAUCAGUGAGGGGAGAAACAGAGUCGACGGCGAAGAUGAUAAAAUCUACUACUUUUUCACUGAGGUGUCAGUGGAGUACGAAUUCUUUGGCAAGCUGCUGAUACCCAGGGUGGCGCGCGUCUGUAAGGGUGACCUCGGGGGACAGCGCACUCUGCAGAAGAAAUGGACGUCCUUCCUAAAAGCCAAGCUGGUGUGCUCCAUGCCCGAGCUCAACUUUGUUUUCAACGUGGUACAUGACGUCUUCAUCCUGAAGGGGGCAGACUGGAGGGACACAGUCAUCUACGGGGUCUUCACCUCUCAGUGGGGCAACGUCGGCUUGUCAGCAGUGUGUGCUUACAACAUGACAGCUGUGGAAGAGGUCUUCUCCAAGGGCAAGUACAUGCAGAAGGCCACAGUGGAGCAGUCCCACACCAAGUGGGUGCGAUACAACGGCAUGACUCCUUCCCCUCGUCCUGGAGCAUGUAUUAACAACCAGAUGCGACAGCAGAACAUCAGCAGCUCUCUCCACCUGCCAGACAAGACCCUCCAGUUUGUUAAGGACCACCCCCUGCUGGAGGAUCCCGUCCUGCCCAUCGGCAACGGGCCUCGCCUCAUCACCAAAGACGUCAAUUACACUCAGAUUGUCGUGGAGAGGGUCCGCGCGCUUGACAAGAAUAUUUAUGAUGUCAUCUUCACUGGAACAGAUAAGGGAGUCCUGCACAAGUCGGUGGUGUAUGAAGGAGACGUGCACAUUGUGGAGGAGGUCCAGCUCCUGAAGAACUCUGAGUCCAUCAAGAACUUGCUGCUGUCCUCUGAGACACGCUCCCUGUACGCUGGUUCAGACUCGGGUGUAGUCCAGUCCCCCACAGCCUUCUGCGGCCGCUAUCUGUCCUGCGCCGACUGUGUCCUGGCUCGAGACCCGUACUGCGCCUGGGACCCUCACACUGCUGCCUGUGUCAAUAUCUUUGACACUCCCAGCCAACGGCUUAGGAAGCUAAUCCAGAGCCUGAAUGGUGACGCAGACAAGUGUCCCUCAGCGUCACGUCUGACUCUGAAGGACUACCAGCGUGUCACAGUGAAACCAGGGAGCUCCGCUGAGCUGCCGUGCCUGGUGCACUCCAAUCUGGCCCAGGUGAUGUGGAAAUCCAACGGCUCCGCUCUCACCGAGGCCUCUCGCUUCCACCUCAUAGGCGAAAACGGUCUCCUUAUUUACAGCGUGGCUCCAGAGGAUCAAGGUCACUACGAGUGCUGGUCAGUGGAAUGGGCCCCCGCCGCUGGGAAAAACUUCAGCCGCCUCCUGGCUGGAUACGUCCUGACUCUGGAUCUGCCGCCCAGAGCCCCUCACCAGGCGGGCCACGUGACCACCACCCUCGGCAGCCGGGAGCCGUCUAGCACACACGCAGCUGAAGGUAAUGGUAAGACAGACAGAGCCCUACUAACGUCGGCCCUCGCCCCUCCCAGCUUCACAGCCACAGUCCAAUUCACCUCCCCACCCCAAACUGACUCAUCACUAACCCCCCCACCCAGCAGCACAAUCAAGUUCCAACCAAAGCCGCACCUUCCCCCGAGCUCCAACGCUCCCCGCCCAGACAGCAGGGACCCAGCGGCUGAGUAUUUGCAACACAACAACAGCACCGCCCUCCUCUUCCUCUUCCUCCUGUUUUUUCUCCUCUUCCUGGCCGCGUUGGCGUACAACUGCUACAUGCAGUAUCUUCCAGCUCCAUGCCUGCGGAUGCGAGCUGCUCUGUUGGGCAGUCACAAGAGCGCCCAUCAGCCCGAGUACCUGGCCUGUGAGGCAGGUCUGAUGGAAGCAUCUGCAACUGACAAAAUUAACAUGACGGAGCAGCCGACGCAGAACGGCAGCCAGACCACUCAGAACCUCCGGGCGCUCCGCGACACUGGGUAUGAGACUGAGCCGGAGUGUGGCAACGGCGGGAUCCCCUCUCACACUUUUGGAGACGACAGCCCGUCCCAGGAGAAACCCUUCGAUGUGGACUGUGAAUCUCAGCCCAUUGAGUUUGCAGAUGCAGACGAGCCUUACUGCUAGCCAGACGCCUCUGAUCUGCUCCUUCCUCUCAACAUAGAGACUAUUUAUAGGGGGGGUCACACUCUUGCUGCAUCUUCCCACGACUCACAAGUAAAUGGUUUCCUCUAUAUGAAAGUAUGUUCAGUGUACAGCAUCACAUAAUAAUCAUCACAAAGCUUAAAUCAGGCGUCCCGCUUGCCUGUAGAGAUUUAUCUCCUGUUGUCUGAUUUCUGGCUUAUGAUGAUAAAGCAAAAAACUGUAUCCACAGAAGCUGCACCCUCUCAGCUUAGUCCAGCAAGAAAAGCUAUUUCUUAAAUUCCAAAUUGGAAACAUUGUUUACCAAAUUGGUAAGUUACCUUGAUGUUUUCCAAAUUGGAGUCGUGUUUUUUUGUACAGCCUGGGUUAAAAAUAAUCUCUUGAAGCUUAUCUUAUUUCAAAGCAACGUGUCGGCUAUUGGACUUUGGGUGAAUGCUUCAACGUUACAGUAAUUUCUCAGGGAAGAUUUGCUCAGUACGUUCUAGCCUAGCUUUGUGCAGUGUUGCCAUCUGCAGCACCUGGUAUGUGGGCCUUAAUCUCACCCAGCGAGGUGGCGAUGUGGGGUUUGAAGGUCACGGAAAGAGAAGGGGACAAGCGACGACUUGCAUGAUUAGAAAAAUGCUGGAAUAAAUCAAACCACUGUCUCGUGUAGAGUCGUCUUUGAGUGACAGUGUUGACUUUGUCUGUAUUUAAUUUUGUUUUCCUUCCUGUAAAGUCGACAUUCCUAUGUGGAUACAACUCUGAUGGUCCUGUGUAUUAACCUGUACUAGUCAUCUUCCCUUACGUUGUCUGUUAAUAACAGAAAUAUGUGCGGUAUGACGUGAUGCUUGGUAUCAAUCAUCAAGUUUUUUCUGAAACAGCCCUGGAAACAAUCUUUUUUAUCAUUAUUUUUAAUCAAACCUUCAGUUUUGGAACAUUUUCAGAGGAUUAUUAUUUAAGAUGAGUCACAUUUGUGGAAAUAUCAUUUUGUCUAUUGUGUAAGUAAUUGUCAUCUUCUUCAUUUGUUUUAUUUAUUGCAGUAGGUUAGUUUUUUUUAAGUCCAUUAGUCUCCCUCUUGUCUGUGUUGCAUGUCGCCCCUUCUUUAGAUUUCCCAUUUUCCUCAAUACUCUCUUUUCCCAUCACUCCCUCCCUCACAGCCUCCUCUCCUGUCGACACUUCAUCUUCCCUGUCCUCCUCUGGAACUCCCUCUGCCCUCCCUUCCUCCUCUUCCUCUUCUUCCACCUCUUCCUCCGCCAAGCCCCACAGUGUCGGGGCGCGGGAGGCAGAGGUGAGACUGUU